GCUUGUUCGUUCUAGAAUCUGAAAUCCCCCUUCCUGCCGUCGAAACAGAAGACGAACGGCGAGCGGCGGCGCGGCAAUGCGGCGCUCGGGCGGGGCCGUGUCUCGAGGCCGCAGCUGUCGAUCUGUUGACCCAGAGGCCCGGUGGAGGAGGCAAUGCGCCGUUCAGUUCCACUGCGGCGGCGCUCGGCUUCGUCUGUUUUGGCGAGCGCAAGUCACGCGGUACGGAGGGGUCGAGUGACGUCAUCGAUAUGACGGCUCUCUGGGAGUGGGAGGCGCCAUGUUAGCUGUGAAAACCACAUCAACCAUGGUGCCGCAUUUAGGAUUGUUGAAUUCUCACUCGAAAAUGUCAAUAGUCGAGGUUCCUAGUCCUAAAGACUCGGAAAUUGUUGAAUCUCUUCUCCUUGAUCUGUUAGAUCCAGAAAAUAAAGCGUAUGCCCUUUCCAUGUUACCCAAGAAAAGGGGGAUGUGGUACUCUUUUGGCACAAUAGCAGCACUGCUGCGGGAAAUUGUGUCAGUCUAUCCUGCACUUUCAUCCCCAACAUUAUCAGCAAGUGCAGCUACCAGAGCAUGCAAUGCACUUGGACUUCUUCAGACUGUUGCAGCACACCCUGAGACCAGGACCUCCUUUUUAGAAGCUGGAAUUCCCUUGUACUUGUUCCCAUUCUUGAACACUACAAGCGUGGCGAAAUCUUUCGAGUACCUACGUGCUACUAGCCUUGGUGUUCUCGGUGCUCUUGCUAAGGUGGCCACUUUCAUUGUCCAAAAGAUUAUGCUAGAUGAAGUUGGGCUACAGCACAUCUGUGCGACCCUGGAAUGUUUCUUUCAGGCAGCCAGUGUUUUAGCAAGCAUGGUGAUUGCAUUAACUGAACAACCCUCCACCAAGUUGCUGAAGCUCAUUAUCGGCUCGUACCUCAGGCUGACAGAUAAGCCCAGGGCCUUUACUGCGCUGCGAACUCACCUUCGUGAGGCUCUGAGAGGCGGAACAUUCGAUAACUGCCUUAUGGAUGACCCUGCUGCAAGGCAUUUUCUUGACCAACUGUUGGGUAAUCUGGCUGGUCCUGCCAGCGGAACCCAGGUCGUGCGGCAGGCACAAACCAUGGAGGACCCUCUCAGACAGACCCAAGUCGCAUGAGUUGAUGUAAACCAAUUUGGUCGCUGCAAUCCAGAAUUGGAUACUACAAUGCAAUUAUCUUUCCGCAAAUUGCAGCUAGUGGAAGACCCUGGCGCAGCUCUCGAAUAAAGCGUUAUGCUGCAGUUUAUUACCUUUUCAACAAGAACUGCUGAUCGAGCCAGUCCAGUGUGCCGUUGUGAUAAUAAGCGUUGCAGACGUUGCAGUGCCUGUUUUAGUAUUGCUUUAUGCAUUCUUGAUAUUCUUGACCUAAAUAAGCAAAAUCGGUGUUUUAAAUAUUAAUAGCGGUCUAUAGGAUUUAGUGGCAUGGUAGUCUUCUCCAGAGUAGCUAUAGCACUGUUAUAGCAACAUUGUUGUGUGUGUGCGUGUGUGUUGUAACUCUACUAUUAAUGCAAUGAUAAACAACU